UUUUUGUUUUUUUUACUUUUUCCCGAUCAGAAAAUGAAAAGAUAAAAAGCCAGCCUUUUCCUUCUCUGUUGUUUUGUAUGAGCUUCCCUCAGUUCUCUGCAGCAAAAAGCUUUACAUUUUCUUUUCCAGAGGCAACUUUUUGAAGGCACACUAAUCUGCCAUUGAAGGGCCUCUUGGAUAUCUGAUCAACCCAUAUAAUUGAAGUGAAAGGUAGAGAGUGAGAGAGGCAAUUUUAAUGGAAAUGUUAGCUAUUGGAAGCUCCACUGCAAUUGUGCGGGCCGGUACUACUACUUGCAGUUCUUUACUCUCUGACCUUCAGGUAUCAACUUUUGGAAAAUACCCGAAAAGUUUGUGUGUGGGGAAGGACUAUAAUCUAGGAGACAAGCGUUUGACAUUGGCCAAAAAAUUCAAGAUGAAUUGCUCAUCAGAGAAUGGUUUGGAAGUGAGAACUUCAGCUUUGGUAGAUGGAGUAGCCGAGUGCUCACAGGAAAUUGAUAUUCCGGAACCUAGUAUUUCAACAUUGCUGAUGAACUUUCAGACAAAUUUUGACCCUUAUGAAGCAAUGAGUACACCACUUUACCAAACAGCUACAUUUAAGCAGCCAUCAGCAACAGAAAAUGGUCCAUAUGAUUACACUAGAAGUGGCAAUCCCACCAGAGAUGCUUUGGAAAGCCUCUUGGCAAAGCUAGAUAAAGCAGAUCGAGCUUUUUGCUUCACAAGUGGAAUGGCUGCUCUGGCUGCUGUCACUCGUCUUGUUGGAACUGGUGAGGAAAUUGUUGCUGGAGAUGACAUAUACGGUGGGUCUGAUAGGUUGUUAUCUCAAGUGACCCCAAAAUCAGGAGUUGUGGUCAAACGAGUAAAUACAAGUAAUCUGGAUGAGGUUGCAUCUGCAAUUGGUCCCUGUACAAAGCUUGUGUGGCUUGAGAGCCCUACCAAUCCUCGUCAACAAAUAUCAGAUAUUCGUAAAAUUGCAGAGAUGGCUCACAAACGCGGUGCUCUGGUCCUGGUAGAUAAUAGUAUUAUGUCCCCUGUAUUGUCACAGCCGUUGGAACUGGGGGCAGACAUAGUGAUGCACUCGGCUACUAAAUUCAUAGCUGGCCAUAGUGAUGUUAUGGCUGGUGUGCUUGCAGUUAAAGGGGAAAGGUUGGCAAAGGAUUUGUAUUUUCUACAAAAUGCAGAAGGCUGUGGAUUAGCGCCAUUUGACUGUUGGAUUUGCUUGCGUGGUAUUAAGACCAUGGCUUUACGUGUUGAGAAACAACAGGACAAUGCACAGAAGAUUGCCGAGUUUCUUGCAACACAUCCACGAGUAAAGAAAGUUAAUUAUGCCGGCCUUCCUGGUCAUCCAGGACGUGAUUUGCAUUACUCUCAGGCCAAAGGUGCAGGUUCUGUGCUUAGCUUCGUAACAGGAUCACUGAAACUGUCAAAACACAUUGUGGAGACUACCAAGUACUUCAGUAUAACUGUCAGUUUUGGGAGCGUAAAAUCCCUCAUAAGCAUGCCAUGCUUUAUGUCACAUGCAAGCAUACCAGCAGCAGUGAGAGAAGCAAGAGGUCUGACUGAAGAUCUUAUUCGUAUCUCAGUCGGGAUAGAGGACGUAAAUGAUCUGAUUGCUGAUUUAGACCAAGCUCUGAGAACUGGGCCACUCUAAGGAUUUGAGGAUCUGCAAGCAAUUGUGUUACUUGUGAUUUAAGUAUAGAGUGCUGCACUGCAUUUUUUUAGGAUUAUUUGAUCUUUACUAAAACUAGGAAUGGAUUUUUGGGUGUUCUUUUUCCAGAAAUUUACUUGCAGCUUUAAAAGGUGAAGGUGCAUGGCUUUUAGGACUAAAUAUUUUUGUACUGCUUAAUCUUCGAUGAAUAAAAUUUUAAUUUCUUUA